UCCUUGCAUUUCCCUAGACCGAUUGGCCCUUUUCUUACCAACGAUGAACUCUAGGCCGCGAGUGUCCUGACGGCCCCAAGGAUGCCAAGACCUGCUAUCGUUGCGGCCAACCAGGCCACAUCAGCCGUGAUUGCCCUCAGGGCAGCAUGCCCAUGGGCGGGGGCGGCGGCCAGUCAAGCGCCCAAGAGUGCUACCGGUGUGGCAAGAUCGGUCACAUCGCCCGUAGCUGCCCCGACGGAUAUGGUGCCCACGGCGGUUACGGUGCCGGAGGCUUCAGCAGCUAUGGCGGCGGCGGCGGCGGCGGUGGUGCGCAAAAUAGCAAAACUUGCUACUCUUGCGGUGGUUACGGUCACAUGUCUCGCGAGUGUGUCAAUGGUAGCAAAUGCUACAACUGCGGCGAGAAUGGCCACUUCUCCCGCGAUUGCCCCAAAGAGUCGUCGGGAGGAGAGAAGAUCUGUUACAAGUGCCAGCAGCCUGGACACGUUCAGGCUCAGUGUCCUAACUAAGCAGCUCUAUGCCGGAGAACUCGACCUGCACCCGAUGCAGCCCAUUCUCAAACACGAUAUGGGUAUUCCAACAUCUGAUAGUUAUGAAGGAGGAUGGUAACCUUGACCUUCGAAAAGGUUACCGGAGCGGUGGAUGAGUGGAGUGGCCGAUCUCCUCGAAAUCUUCAAGCACCCUUUGUAUAGUCUCUUCUUGUGGUUGACCUUCCGCGCAAACGGUGGGUCGCUACGGCGGGGCGCCACCGGUAAAGUCGAGAUAUCUCUUGCACAUUGCAUUGCGGCA